CAGGAUGCAGUGCGCGCAGUGACAUAACUUCAGAAGCGGAAGAGCGAUAUUAGCAUUCGGCUAAAAACACAGUCUGUGCAACUGAAAUACUGAUAAAAUUCUUCUCAGCCUGAUCUAUAAUCGAUUAAAGUUUAAUGAUCGACGAUCAAAACACAUGCAAUGGAUGAUAGUAAGAUGGUUGCUGGUAAAGUAAAGAAACCAGGUAAACGCGGACGCAAACCUGCUAAGAUCGACCUGAAGGCCAAACUCGAGAGAAGCAGACAGAGCGCGCGUGAGUGUCGCGCCAGAAAGAAACUGCGCUACCAGUAUCUGGAGGAACUGGUUUCCAGUAAAGAGAGAGCCAUAUGUGCCCUGAGAGAGGAACUCGAGAUGUAUAAGCAGUGGUGUUUGGCGAUGGAUCAGGGCAAAAUCCCAUCUGAAAUCAAAGCUCUUUUAACCGGAGAUGAUCAGAAACCACCACAGAGCUCCGGCACCAAAACGCCCAAGAAUGCCAAGUUCAGCUCCAGCCAGAACAAGACAACACAAUAAGUACACACAACACACACACACAACACGAGAUGCUGAGGUGUCAGAAGAUCUCAGAAGAUCCGUUCUGUUCUAGAGAACCAUAAACAGUAUUGAGUCUGUAUGUUUGUUUAAAGCAUCAUCUUUUGUGUUUAUUCAUGUUAAAUUAGAGUGACCAUACGUGCCAUUCCUUCCGGACGCAUCCUGACCAGAAUUUCGGGUGCGUCCGGGAAGAAUGGCACGUAUGGUCACCCUAUGUUAAAUAAGCUCUUCUUCAUGACCUACUGAUAAAAUGCAUAAGAUCUGAUAGUCCAGAGAUCUGGAGUUCAUUCUCAUUCAUCUAACAUUAGAUUUAUGUCAAAAUGUUUGUUUAGAUGUUGAUUUUGAAACCUUUCUGGUACCAAAUUUAAUGAAGGUUUCAACAUUCACAAAUUCAAAGCAGACAGGGAGAUGUAUGACAGAAUCUCUUUUAGUGAUUGGGAUUAUAGGUGACACAACAUAAGACAUUAUAACACAUUUGUGUUGUCAAAAUCUCUUGAUUGGCUUUUUGCACUUUAAAAAAAUAAAUCAACGCAUAGCACUUCUUUUUGGCUCUUAGGGUUAUGUUUCGCUAACCCCAAAAAAUGGAGGCAGUUUUUCAAGAGGAAUGAUUGUUUGUUGGUUAAACUUUAAUUUAUUUCACUAACUGAACCUUAAAUGCACUUUCUUUGAAAUCUCUUAUACUCGUAGUUUAAGAUCUGUAUAUUGUCUUGUAAACCAAUAUAGAGAGAUAAGUUUCUUUACUCAUCUAGAAAACCUUAGUUGAAUGUUAUUGAAUCAGUGUUGAUGCUUUAGUUUUAAGUCUAACUUUCAUUGUUUCAAAUGUGUUCACUUUUAAAACUUUAUUAACCCUGAAUUCAUGUAGACGUUUUUUUUUUCGCUAGCACAAUCUUUAGUCUUUGGCAUAGUUUAGAGUAUAUUUUUAUACGACAUGCAUGAAAUGUAGACUUUGAUUUGUUGCAGAACAUUAUUAAUGAGAUCGAGCGUUAUUAACGUUGUCCUGUAAACACUGUUGCUCUGCAGUUUUUUUGUGAUUUUGUAUAUCUGUGUAUAAUAUAAACAUGCUGCACCUGUA